AUGGAACAGGCGUACAGUACAGCUUCCCGACUGCGUGGGAUUUGCGUUUGUGGAUUGGCCAUUUCGGUGUAUUCACUGUAUGUGAAAAUGAAACUAAAGGAGGAUGAGAACUAUAGGCCAAUGUGCGACGUUAACGAUAAUAUAAGCUGCUCGCUGGUUUUUAAAUCGGGCUAUGGUGAUGGCUUUGGUCUGGGUAACAUAACCCAAGUAAAUGCUCCCAACGGAGCCAUCGGCUGUGCAUUUUAUAUCCUGUACUUCUUGAGCUCUUUCUUUAAUCAUCGUUGGCUGUGCCUGGUCCAAUUGAUAGUAUGCACUUUGACAUUACUUCUCUGCGUUUAUCUGGGUUUCCUGCUGAUUCUCGUGUUUUACGAUUUCUGUUUGGUAUGCGUGACCAUCUAUUUCAUACACACAUGGCUCUUUCAGGAAGUCCUAAGGCGAUAUAGACGCCUUUAUAUGUAAGAUUUGUACAAUGUUAAGACAAGCUAAGCAAAAAUUAUGAAGAUAAAUCCCUAAGAUUAGU